AUGGCUGGCCAUUUAGGAGGCCUUCAAGCUAAAGUGAAAGAGAAGUUUAAACAUGCAAUUUUCGUUUAUUGUAUAGAACAUAGACUUAAUUUGGUUUUAUCGCGAAGCAUGGAUAAUAUAAAAGAUUGCAAAGUUUUCUUUUCGACGCUUAGUGGUUUGGCUUCCUUCUUUUCAAAGUUAUCGAAAAGAACUCGCGCUUUGGACAUUCACGUCCAAAAAAGGUUUCCAAAAGUUGCUCCGACGCGAUGGAACUACAAUGGACGUUUAGUGCAAACAGUGUUUCAAUACCGUGAUUCUUUGAUACAGUUUUUUCAAGACGUUUGGGAUAAUAAAGAAACAUGGGAUGCUGAAACUGUUACUGCCGCUAAAGGGUAUUUGCAUUGGCUCAAACAAAACUUUGAUUUCAAUUUUUUGCUCAACAUUUUUGCAGAGAUUUUCCCUUUUACUGACAUUUUAUUCGACAUGUUACAGACAAAGUCAAAUGACAUUGGCUUUUGCAUUAAACAAAUUGAUGAUUUUAAAAAUAAAAUGAAUAAAAAACGAGAUCAGUUUGAACACUUUUGGAAUAAGACUCAAAACAUUGGCUUAGAACCUGAAAGAAAGAGAAUUAGAAUUGAUAAUGUCGGCGACAGAGAGACCUCCUAUCGUCGAUUAUACGCCGACAUUUUUGAUAAUAUUUUACAACAUAUGAACUCUCGAUUUCAAAACUUUAACGAAUUAAAAUUUGUUGAAUUGUGCAAUUUUAAUAUUAGUAACUACGAUUCAUCAAAAUUUCCAUCGGAAGCUUUUAAUUCACUAAAAUUAAAUUAUGAAAUUUUUUUUGAUAUUCCAGCAUUAAAGUCCCAGUUAAGUGUUGUUUAUGAAACGGCUGAAAUUAGUGAUAAAAAGACGCCCAUCAAUGUGUUAAAUUUUCUUAUAACAACUGGUUUAAGUAAGUCCCUUUGUGAAGUCGUCAAGUUGUGUGAAUUAGUACUAACCAUCCCAGCUACAAGUGCGCCAGUUGAGCAAAGCUUUUCAGUUUCAAAGCGCAUUAAAAGUUUUAUACGAAAUUCAACAAGUGAAGACAUACUCUCUAAUUUAGCGCCAAUAUCCAUUGAAAAAAAGCUUGUUAAAAGUUACCAGAAAAUCCAAAAUUUUACGAUAUUAUAG